GGAGUAAAUGGUUACUUUGAGCUAUGUUGGGAUAGUGUAAUCGUUUUGAUAGUCGCCGUUACUUAGUUGCGAAAUGGAAAAUAUAACACAUCACUAUUGCAAUACCUGUUGUCCACAAACAUUUUGCAGUUUAAAAUUUUUUUGAAUUAUCUUCAAAUUUUAAAUUAAGCAGAAAACCAUGUUUGAGCGUAACCAAAAAACUAUAUUUGUGUUGGACCACACACGCUAUUUCAGUAUUUCUAGUGAGCAAUAUAUAUCAAUGGACUAUUUAAAAGGUAAACCGGUGCCCGAGUCUACAGCAAGCGGCAAUAGCAUAGUUGGAACUCAGCUAAGCAAAAGCUUAUGGACAUGUGCUGUCGAGUCAUCCAUAGAGUACUGUCGCAUUGUUUGGGAUCUAUUUCCUGGUAAAAAACAUGUGCGAUUUAUUGUCUCUGAUACGGCGGCACAUAUAGUCAAUACCUGGAGUCCGAGCACUCAAAAUAUGUCGCAUGUCUCUAACGCUAUGAUGAUGGUAAGCGUCCCUUCGCGCAGUAUUCCUCAAUCAUCCGACUAUUCGGUCAUACAUGGAUUACGAGCUGCCAUCGAGGCAUUAGCCGAGCCAACUGAUGAACAGCUCCAGGCGGCUCAUUUCGGCUGCAAACAAAUUGCCAAUGAGGGUCGAGUCAUCUGCAUCACUUCGGCGCGGGAUAAUACCAGCAUGAAGAGCUUGGAAGACAUAUUCAAUACUGUACUCCUACAACAAAACGCAUUGGUUGCACCACCUGCCAAGAAGGGCUUGCAGAUAGAUCAUUGCCAUCUAGUCAUACUAAAUAUUGUUCCAUUGGGAGUGGAAUCCUUAGUGACUAAUCGAAGUCUGCUCGAAAUAUCUCCGUUUCUUAAUGUUGAAAUACACACAGUUAAUGCACCAGACAUUUCGGAUAAGCUUUUGCAUUUAAUAAUGGGUCACUACGAUUUAGCCAGCACCACAGUGACUAACAUACCUAUGAAAGAGGAACAAAAUGCCAAUUCCAGCGCAAAUUAUGACGUUGAAAUAUUGCACGAACGUGCCGCCCAUACAAAAGUUUGUGGGCCGGAUUUUAAUUUUACUACCAGUAUUAAGCCAGGUACUGCCUACGAAACAGUAACGCUUAAAUGGUGCACUCCGCGUGGCUGUGGCUCUGCCGAUCUGCAACCGUGUGUGGGCCAAUAUAAUGUUACGCCCGUAGACGUCACUUCACGUCCCAGCUCUUGUUUGAUCAACUUUCUAUUGAAUGGCCGUUCUGUACUGCUGGAGGUGCCCCGGAAGACAGGCACUAAGACAACCAGUCACAUGCUUUCUGCACGAGGCGGCGAAAUCUUUGUGCACUCCCUAUCUAUAGCACGCUCCGCAAUGGACGAGGCGCCCUCAAUCAUCGAUGGUCCCGGUGGACGGGUCUCCGACUACCGCAUACCAGAAAUGGGUCAACUGCUUAAAAUGUCGCGCUUGGUGCCACUAAAGGCCAAGCCCAAGGGCAAACUCGCUCAAGGAGAACAUCUAUGGAGGCGGCUACCGCGAUACUUUCCCAGAACUGCAAAUGUUACUAUUCUGUUCAAUUUGCAACGACAGCUUAGCUGGCUGCCACACUUUCUGCAUUUGAUAGUUAAGGAGGAUAUGGACAAACAGGACGAGGUACGCUGCCAACAGCAAAUCCAUGAGCUAUACAAAAGCGCAUCCCGCGGCGACCUGCUACCCUUUAGCAAUUCAAAUAACGCACGCCUAAAGGUAAGCAAGACCAAGGACCAGUAUAGACUAUUCUAUAGAGAACUGGAACAACUAAUUCAGCUUAAUGCACAUACGCCGCAUCACAAGAAUCUGCUGGAAAGUCUUCAAAGUCUGCGUGCGGCCUACGGAGAUGCUGCGAACAAAUCGGAGCCAAGUUCUGCCCAUUUGCGCUCGUAUACCGAAUCGCCAUUGUCACCCGAACGCCUUGAGCCGACCAAUAGUAUGAGUAGUUCUUCCAGCAGUAUAUUAAAAGCUAGCAAGCGACGCAUGUCCAGCUGUGGACAACGAUCGUUGCUUGACAUAAUUAGUUCAGCCGAACGGAGUCAAUCGAACAAACGCUUGGAUUUUUCAGGACGGCUUUGCACGCCCUUGGGCCAGACGGCAAAAUUAUAUCCUGAUUUUGGGAAUAAGGAAAAAGAUAUUCUAACUACUGGCAUUGUUUCAUCAAAUUUAAAAGACGAAUCAAUCCGUAGCUAGCUGUAUCGGUAGAAUAGACUUGG